GAUUGAGAGGUUAGUGAUGUGAAGUGAAACGGGGCAAAGUUGCUAAUUUCAAUUUAUUUAUUCGGAUUAUAGCGUGCGAAAUUUGGUUAGCAAUCGAUUUUUUAUAAUGUUUUCGCCUCUGAGUUCGAAUGAUGUUAGAUUUGGAGAUCCAGGUAGUCCUAAUACAGAACCAAUGACUCUUGGUUCUCCUGUAUCUAGUCCAAAAUCCAAAGCAACUUCCAGUCAAAGUUAUUUACCACCUUAUUUAUUUGGAGAGGUUUCAACAUCACCUGUUGGAGCAGCAACCUGGAGUACACCUAAGCAGCAUAACACAUCUUUUCCUUCAACUCCAAGUCAACACAGUUCUCUUUCCCAUUACAGAGAUCAACAAAUCUCAUUUCAGUCCCCAGCAUCUAGAUCCUUAAUAAAUACACCAACUGCUGGUAAAAGUGGAGGACCUCCUGUGCAAGGUCUUUUAUAUACAAGUACUACCCCUGCUUCAUCUUUCCAUAUUACACAGUUUGACACAACUCCAAAGACACCAGGAAGACCAAAUACUGAAACUGUUAACAAUGAUAGUAUAUUAACACCUAGUAAAUCAUUUUGUCUGAAUAGUAAUUCACACAUGUCACCUGCUCAGAUAGAUCCAUUUUUCACCCAAGGGGAAGCCUUAAAAAAUAGUGACCAGUUGGAUGAAUCAUGGGUAACAGUGUUUGGAUUCCCUUCUGCAUCUGCAUCUUUCAUUCUCCAACAGUUUUCUCAGUAUGGGAAUAUAAUAGAACACAAGAUACAUCCAACUGGAAACUGGAUGCAUAUACGCUUUCAAUCAAAACUUCAAGCUAAAAAGGCACUCAGCAAAAAUGGGAAAAUUUUUAGUGGUAACAUCAUGAUUGGUGUAAAGCCAUGCAUAGAAAUGGAUCUUAUAGAAUCGUCAAAGGAAAAUUCAUUAAUGGAAUCCAGUACUGUAACAGGGCAAGAUAGUUUUCAAAGUGAUAUAUUAGAACCUAUCAAACCAAGUUUAAAAAAUAUAAGGCCUUUGACGCAAGCUUAUCAAAGUCCUAGUGCCCAAACACAGGCUAUAACACCAAAGUCUGAAGGAAUAGUGUCAAAAGCAUUUCAAUAUCUAUGGAAAUUAUAGCUGUGCUAUACAUAUUAUUUAUUCAACAAGGAAAAUAAGAAUAAAUAUGUGCUUUGUAAAUAUUGACUGAAUUAAUUUUUUUUUUAAUAUUGCAGUUUUAUAAUAU